UUGUUACCAAGGACACCGAUGUUAUUUAGUCAAUACAAAUAAACCAGUUAAAUAGGUUAUACAUAUCACAACAAAUAAUACAGCUUUCAAGGGACAAUGUUUAGUGUAAAACAUAACGAAUGUGUUGGAUUUGAAUCAAAAUGGACUGUAAGAAAAGUGUCGACAAACACUUCGUCACAAACAACCGAAUUUUCCACAUCAGAGAAAGGUUGUACCACAACCGAAUUGACAUCAAAAGAAGUGCAAACCGAUAUUGUAAAACCGAGUACAGAAAGAACAGACCCCGAUGCUGAAAUGGAAAACUUGGCUAAGUGGCUAAAAAAAAUUUACCCGCAAGUCAAAAAUCAACUAGAUAAAGCUAAUAAUUCGAAAGCUUUUAGAAAUUAUAAGCUUAUGGAUGGUCCUGUGGAUGUCACUUGCAAGUUAUUACAAAAUCUUUUUGUUGUUUCCAAAGCGGAAGGGGAUAAAGCGUUGCCUAUUAUCGCUUGCCUAGAGUGGAGUCCUUCAGGCAAGAUACUAGCUGUAGUACAUAAUUUUAAACACAAAACUUGGUGUCAUCAUUCUGGAGUGUUGUGUCUUUAUACAUUUAGCAGAAAUGAUAUGCUAUCAGAGAAUCCUAAAAAGCGUCUAACUACAGAAUCUUGUAUUACGUGCAUACAAUUUCAUCCUACUAAUGGUAAUAUUUUGGUUGCUGGAACUUUUACAGGUCACAUUUAUAUAUGGAACGUAGAAAAUGAUGUAGAUUCAUUAAUAUAUGAGACGACCGCUCAUGAAGAAUACAUUACGCAGGCAUCAUGGAUAUAUGAUACAGAUGUUGCUAGAACUGUACUCUUGGCUAGCUCCAGUACCGAUGGCUUACUAAAAGUAUGGCAGUUUAAUAAUCCUGAAAAUUGCAUCAAUAUUGGAACAGUGUAUAAGGUGAAAAUACCAAUAUUUGGAAUUCUAAACUCUAAUUCUAAAAUUUCAAAAUCUCUCCUGGACAAAAAUGACUUGGGAAUUGUUUGCUUCGAUUUUUCAAUUCAUCAACCUGAUAUUUUUGUUGUGGCAACAGAGGGAGGUGUACUUGCCAGAUGUUCAGUGCUAGGAGCUACCGAAUUAAAAGGGCCUUCCAUAGAUAAACCUUACUGGGACCCAGUUUAUACAUUCUAUGAACCUCAUAAGGGAGAAAUUUCUAUCGUAAAGUUUUGCUUACAGAGAAAAGAUCUAUUCUUAACUAGUGGCACUGAUGGGGAAAUACGAAUUUAUUUACUGGAUCAGGAGGAUCCAGCUCAAAUAAUUUUUACCAAAUCACCUAUUACCGAUUUCUCUUUUAUUCCACAUGAAGAAAAAUUGUUAGCUUGUUGUGGCGAACAGGGCACUUUAGAAGUCUUUCAUUUGGAGAGUGGAAAAAAUAUUGAGCUUCAUUUUAAUGCCAGACCCAGGAAAAGGCUUUUGACAAACCUUACUAUACACAAUUUUAGAACGAACUUUGUGGCACUUGGCAAUAAUAAUGGAGAAGUACAGCUAUGGAAUGUGCCUUGGUCCAAUAUAGCAUUUAAGUCUAGAACAUAAAUAUUAUUGAAUUUUGCCUUAUUUCAUUCAUUGUAAUUACUUACCGUUUAAUUUUUUUAAAUAUAUUUAAUUCAAGAGUAAA